AUGUUGUUCAGGAGGCUGGUGGAGGUGGAACCACCAAGCCUUGUAAGAGACAUAAUCGGAGCAGCGAUCAUGAUGAUCGGAGUUGUAUUGCCCGUCGGAUAUAUGAUGUUCCGAAACAAGCGUGUCUCCUCCUCUUCUUCCUCUUACUCCAAACAGACAAAAAAAGAUUUAUAUAGAGAGACUGAAAAUGAGAGCUUUGGAUUUGAUUUACAUAUCGUAAUGUAUGAAGAAGAAAAUAGAGGGAAAAGGAUUUAA